AUGUUUUGGAGAAGUUUGAUCGCAGACGAGUCUCUGAGCGCAGAGAGAUGGAAGAUCGCACUCUCUCAAAGAAGCCCUUACACGAACGACUUCGACGAGGAAGAGGAGUUUUGGCAAAGCACGGAUUAUUCUGGUAUCCCGCUCGAUCCUGGAGUAAAACCUGAUACUGUGAGCUUUGUGGGUCAAUUAGAUAUCGUUGACUCUUUGUGGGGUGAUAGAUACGGACGUCGUCAGAUCCAGCUCGGAAAAUGGGAACAAGCAUGGCAGAUCCCCACGGACGAUGAUAUACUGUCCGAUCCAUCAUCAACUCCUUAUUCAAGUGAAGUAGACGAGGCUCUUACACCGGCAAAGAAGAUACUGUACGACCUUCUUUGCGACCCCGAAAAGGUUGAUUCAAACCUUGUUCCUGCAAAAGCUUGGUUGGAAAGCAAGAAUAAGGACAUCUUCAAAACCAUUAUUCCAUACACCGGUCCACUCACGGUUGUUGAAAGAGCACAAAUAUCCAAUUGGUUUGAAUCUGAAAUCACCAAGGACAAAAGGCUUAGACGAUACUGGGUUUCUCUGCUGCCUUUGGCCCAUGCACACACAGUCUACAUAGCAUCUCUCAUCUUGAAAAGUCAGCAGAAGGUCAACGACUCGCUUCUUGAUUCCGCUUGGGACGUACAGUGCAGUCCAAAACCACUUAGAAUGUUUGAACGAACCGAUGUUGAUCUGGAAUGUCUCUCUUUCCUAGAAGAGGAGAUGUUUGAAAAUUCUUUGCGAGCUGGAAUUGCUGGAAACUAUCAAUGGGGGUUGGAUGUUGGAAACCAUCAAGAUGACUGGAAGCCUUAUUUAUGCAGGGAUUGGUUCAUUGGUGACCGAGAGGUCAAUGACGAUGAGAUGCUGCCGGGUCCAAAGUACAUUGAUCAACCCAAAACAAAGGUAGAAGUUCAACCCAAGAGACCUCGUCCUAAGCCUCGGCCAAUUCCAAAGAAACGGAAACUGAGUGAUUACGUGUGCGGCGGGCACUUCUUCAAGCUUGGGGCGGAGAAACCGACCGCAGCUGAGACGGCCGGUAUCAGGGCGAUCCGCAGGGACCUCGUCUCGGAGGUGAGGCCGGAGAACCUCGUCUGGAGCUGCCUGCUUUAUGGCGAUACGCUGUCCUUAUAUGAUGGUGCGUUUGUUGCGGACGAUGCUGUCCCUUCUGGAGCAUUUGUGUCGACUACUGUGGCCCCUGGGACUGGGGUCGAUUUUGGAACUAUCCCUCUGCUCCGUGUAAAGUGA